GGACUAAACCAUAUACAAGGCUGCAUGUGGGGGGAAGUACUAUAUUUGUUUUCAUAUUUUCAAUUUUUAAACAUUUUCUUUUUUCUUUAUAUUUCAUAUAUAAGCAACCAAACUAUGUAUCAAAUGAAUAAAAAUGUAGUGGCUAAACUGUAUGAGAAUAUUUUUGUUGAUAAUGUUUUGCGUUAAAUAUAACCUCCCCUGUGUGUAUGGUAUGGCUAGUCAAAUAUGACGAAACAGAGGAGUUUCGAGCCGGUAAAGUUCACUAAAGCAAUAUGAUACUGCUGCUCUGAAUUGACUGUAUAGUUUUAUACCGUUUAUAACUGGUGUAGGAUUUGUGUUAUAAUGGUCCCUGUAAGGCGCUGCUCUUCGCUUAUCCAGAGGGAUUUCGCUACGCUUUGUUUCUCGUCACUGGGAGUAGCACCGACAAAAACACCGGUAGCGAUCAGUUCGGUACGACACGAUCAGAACCACUGUGAAACCUCAUCUACUGGCCUGAAUCACCUUAGCACCAGCCAUUCAACUCCGUCAAACCACUUGUGUCCAAUGGGCAGUAGCAGCAGUAUUAGGUUCUUCAGUACUUUGGCUCAGUCUCUCAGCAGUGCACCUCUGGAACACACACACACAGACGCUGAUGAAUGCGAUUUAGAGCAGAGCGACCCUGACGCCCUCCUACGCGAAUGUGAGGAGGUGCUGAGGAACCGACCGCCACGCCCACACAGAGAUUUCGUCAGGACCAGAGCCAGCGCCUCUCACAACCCGCAGAUCCGUGUCAUGCAGUGGAACAUUCUAGCACAAGCUCUAGGUGAGGGCAAAGAUGGAUUUGUGCGUUGCCCGAUGGAGGCAUUAAACUGGGCUGAGAGGAAGUACUUGAUCCUAGAGGAGAUUCUGACCUACAGACCAGACAUUGUGUGCUUACAGGAAGUGGACCACUACUACGACACUUUCCAACCUGUCCUGUCCAGUCUGGGCUACCAGAGUAGUUUCUGUCCUAAGCCUUAUUCGCCAUGCCUGGAUGUUCGGGGCAACAAUGGCCCUGAUGGCUGCGCCCUGUUUUUUAGCCGGCAGAGAUUUCGUCUGCUCCGUGCCCAUCAUCUACGCCUUUCAGCCAUGGCACUCAAGACCAACCAAGUCGCCAUCGUGGCUACACUUCAGUGUCGCAUCACGGACCAGAUUUUCUGUGUUGCAGUGACCCAUCUGAAGGCGAGGAGUGGCUGGGAGACCUUCCGUGGAGCCCAGGGUUUAAACCUCCUACAGCAGCUAAAUGGAAUAAGCAGCACAGAGUCUAAAGAGCAGGAGCAAAGCAUACCUUUGCUGGUAUGUGGAGAUUUUAACGCAGAACCGGGUGAGGAGGUGUAUCAGUGCUUUCUCAACUCUCCGCUCGGCCUGGACAGCGCCUACCGGUCUCUGAGUGCAGACGGCACCACAGAACCAUCGUUCACCACCUGGAAGAUUCGGCCGAGCGGAGAGAGCUGCUCCACACUCGACUAUGUAUGGUACUCGCGCCACAGAUUCAGCGUGGAUGCUGUAUUGAACAUGCCCAGCGAGGAGCAAAUCGGCCCAGACCGUCUGCCCUCGUACCACUAUCCUUCAGAUCAUCUUUCACUAGUCUGUGACUUCAGCUUCAUUCAGGAGCCCCAUAGGCUUAUGUAGCUGUCAAUCAGCCCAACCAUAAUUGGGCUUUUAAAGCCUCUUAGAACAUUCCUAGUGUAAGUGGUAUAACAUAUUUAAAUAAUCAUAAUUGUAAUUACUUUACAGUGCAUUUUAAACCUGUCUGUGCCAACUUAGGACAUUCAGACUAGGGAUUUGAAGUACCUCAGCUCACUACAUUUCAUAUAUGAAGUGUAAUUUCUAUUUAAGACUAGUCAUUGUUCUUGGUCUGCAGAUAUUCCUUAAUUUAUUUUAAUAUAAAUUAUUUUUUCACAAUGAUGCAAGUCUCAGGACAGAUGUUCACAAUAGAUGAACCCUUCCAGAUGAUCCACAUGCUGCAUAUCCCCACUGUACCUUUCUUUUUUAGACAAUAUUGUAAUUGUCAGUUUGUGUUCUUUUUAUUGCCUUGUAGUACAAAGAAGUGAAUUAUCUUACAAGCAUGUUUUAUUUUUUUAUGAGCUAUAAGUAAUGUUGUUAAAACAAACUAUUAAAUGUAUUAAACUGCCUUUAAUGAAACUAUAUUUAUUGAUCUAUAAAUGCAGUAAUGUUAGUAUUGAUGCUAAAGAUUAUGCUUUUACUUUGAAAAAAAUAAAUAUUUAUUGAAUUUCAA